AUGCCGGAUGGGCUCCGCGACACUGAUGAUCAUAAAGACGACAGCCGCGUGGACAAUCGCGACCCGCAGCCUCUGGACAAGCUGGCCAUGGCCAUUGUCAUCACCCUUGCCGCCCAGGCCCGCGCUUCCAAGGCUGGAACGAAACUCUCGUCGGGCUGGUCGUCAUAUAUCCCGCAAUGGCGCGCCUCGCCCCAAAGAAGCCGAUCGUUUGCGAAACAGAAUAAAGCUCGGACCUUCCGCAACCCGUGGCCGAGCUGGCGCAAACCGGGCCUCGCCGAAGUCGCGGGCAGUCUGGAAUGGGGAGCCGAUCUCGACCCCUGCAUCGGCCUGGCCGCCUCGCGCCUGUCCACUGUCGCGGCCCCGCCAAAGCCGCCCGAACAGAGCAGGCGCCCGACCUUUGGCGACAUCAAGGACUGGCCCAAUUCCACGGGCGCAAAGGCCGCGCGACUGCUCGCCGUUCAAGAACCAGACCUUUCCUUCUCUCAGCCAUCGGGUGCCCCCGGGCAAGCCAAAGCCAAGGUCACCUGGCUGGGCCACGCCACCAUUCUCCUGCAGCUGCCCGCGCUGCCCGGCAGCGCCCCCGGGAGCCGGCCGCUGCGGUGUCUGUUUGACCCCAUGUUCUCGAUGCGAUGCUCGCCGAGCCAGAGCGUCGGGCCCAUCCGCUCGUACCCGCCCCCGUGCGCCGUCGAGGCCCUGCCGCCUAUCGACGCCGUCUUCAUUAGCCACAACCACUACGACCACCUCGACCUCGACACCAUCCUGGCCGUCUGGAAGCACAGCCGCGACGUCGUGCGCUUCUUUGUGCCCCUCGGCAACCGCCAGUGGUUCCUCGACAGCGGCGUCGGCCCCGAUCGCGUCUUCGAGCUCGACUGGUGGGACGGCGCCGAGCUGACAUCUUCUUCCGCUGCUGGCACCACAGAGACAGGAGGAGCCACCCCCCUCAAGAUUUGGUGCACGCCUGCCCAGCACAGCAGCGGGCGCGUCGGUUUCGAAGCCGACUCGGCGCUGUGGGCGAGCUGGACGCUCGAGUAUCCCCGGUCCGCCGACCCCAACGCGCCAAACCCACCAUACCGCAUCUUCUUCGCCGGCGACACGGGGUACCAGUUCCACCCGUCGGCGGCGUGGCCUCCCAAGCCGGACCAGGAGCAAGACGUUGAGGAGGACGACACCCAGUUCCCCGCCUGCCCGGCCUUCGCCGACAUCCGAGCGCGGCUCGGCCCGCCGCAGCUGCUGCUGCUGCCCGUCGCGCUCGGCGCCACGUACGCCUACAUGCGCAGCAUGUUCCUGCCCUUCCCCCAAUGGAUCAACCCGUUCCCGCGCCACAGCGAGGGCCUCAUGGCCGCCACCCACAUGCCGCCGUGGGACGCCGUGCGCGUCAUGAGGCUCAUGGCUGGUGAUCUGAAGGAAGAGGCAGAGGCUGCCGGCGCCAAGAUAAAUCCGCCGCAGGCUCUCGAGAAUAAGCCCUCCGCCGUGGCCGUCGCCAUGCACUGGGGGACAUUUGCCACGGACCCGGCCGAGAUCCUCAAGACGCUCGGCCAGCUCGAGUACGCGUGCCAGCGCCAGGGCGUGCGCUUUGCACGGUCCUUGGGCGAGAAAGCUGGUAGGGACGGGGCCGAACUGGAAGAAAAGUCUGAGGGUGAUGGGACAGGCUUGUAUUUUCUGGCGCUGAACCAGGGGCAGAGUGUCGACGUUGAGAUUGUGUGA